ACGGAUUUUAAAGUCAAGUUCACAUUUCUUACUGAGGUAUUUUGAGGGCAACCCACGAAAAGGAAGUUACGAAGCAUUGUGGGAAAUGACCUUUGACUUGUGAAACAUAGCGCCUAAAUUUUCGUCAACAUGAGAAAUUUCAAAUUCAAGCUUUCCCGUAGCGCAAGACAGAAGCAAGAACAAGCGAACAAUUCCAGUGAGACGCCCCUAUCAGGAGUCAUCCCCCCCACACAGGCACCAUGUUCCACAACGCAGGCCUCCUUAACGUCGUGGUUCCAACCCCCCUCUAAAGCAACCAUGACCCACCCCCUUAAAGCCCUGUCCACCAAUAACAACUUUGGGAAAGCGACAGAGUUUAAACAUUCCAGCUUGGCUGCGGGUUCAGCGUUACCCAAGCUGCCUGUAUCGUCCGAUGCUCUAACAUCCCCUCCACAGACUUCAAAACCUGUUGCGUCUGUUCAACCAUAUACACCUCAGAACUCGAGGAAUAACAGGCAACAAUCUGAUCAGCAUUCUUCAAAGUCCCGUGGUCUGAACGACUUGUUCAUCAUUGAAGAUUCGCUGCCCGAUGAUUUCGAUGACUUGGAUGAUUUCCUCGAAUCCCCUUUAACAGAUAAAAAGAAGAAGCACAGUCCAAAAGCUGUCAAGAGUAAAGAUUGGAACCCUAAAACCUCAUCAGGAACGAAAGCCGGAGAUUGGAACGGUUAUGAAUGCAUCGACUUGACCAAUAGCAUUGGCAAGCCCGCAGGACAAACUACAAGACAAGAAGUGACAACCAUUAGUCCGGACUACUUGCGGGAGCUGUCGGAUUGUGACGAGAACGCUGAUGACAAACCAAUCAACCGAUCCAGACGACUCAGCAGACGACACAAAGCAGCGUUGAUAACAGACGAGAGCGACGAAGAUGAAAACAAAGAGAAUAACGAGAUGGAUUGCGACCCAGCUCUGCACGGAUACUCAACGAACACCCUGAAGUUUAUGCCAGACACCUGUGAAUUCUUUACGGAGACGCAAAAUGAGGCAGUUACCCAGGACCCCGACGAUCUGAUUGAUAUUCCGAGCCCCUCACCCCCGCCCUCGGAGUACGACUUUUACUCGGAUCCAGACGAUGCCUUCCCAUCAUUCACUGCUCAGGAUCCCACCGAACCAGAGGACGACUACUUCAUGGAGGAAUUCCCAUCGCAGACUCCAGAGGGCGCCCUUGCUCCGAGGCAGUCGCUUCAAGAGAUGAGGAUUAAUCAAGAAUCAGCUGGAUCCUUCAGUGGCGAUAGAGAAACAGAAACGCCAGCAGCUGCUGACUCAAAAGCUUGCUUUUCUCAUGAUGAGAACUUCUAUACCAGUCACCCAACGAUGCAGCCAUUACCUUCAGAGAUUUCAGUGGCUAGUCUACAGGAACGGCUCAACAGCCUAAAGCAACUUAUGUUUGGCGUCAUGGAGCAGAUAUGCGACAACGUAGACACUGCCUUAGUCUCACCAACAGAGGGCGGCAGACUGGAUCACGUCAAACCUCUAUUAUCACUCAGGAAACGAAUGAAAGCCAAACAGAAGCAAGCCGAAGCCAAGCUUAGACAACUCAGCACGGGAACCAAUCGCCAGACUUCAACAAGCCCGUUAACCAACCAAGAAUCCGCGAUCCCCAUCAUCCAUGCGAGGUCGCGACCUCCUGACCCCUCCAACGCUAGUCUCCCCUUCCAGACGCCAAACACGUCCAACACCAGGAUGCCAAACCAAAACGCCUUCAGUUUCAAGUCGAAAACUGGCAACUCGUCCGGGAAGAACUCAGUGACGCCUUUAAACACAACUAACAGAACCCUCAGCACGGUACCCCCACCCCAGGUGACGAACCCCCUUAAACAAGACGUGAUAACCACCCCACUCCAGAGGACGCUUCCCAGCACCAUCAGUAAGAUAAGCCCCGGAUUUGCCUCCCCCGAUGCCGGUUUUGGCGGAGACGGUUUCUAUGACGACUCUCCUGCCAUGCCAACCGCAUCAGUUUUUAACACCACAGCACCAAACUUCACUACUGGGAACAAGAAGAAACCUCUCGAACUUUCUUCAGAGAAGAGACCCCAACCACAACUGGUCAAACAGCACCACAAAUUCAAACCAAGUACUGUACAAAGGGCGUCUGAUCUCUUGUCAACUGAAGUCUCCAUUCGGCACAGUCGUUUCAGUGGAACCAAUUUCCCCCACUCCAAGGAACUGCUCAAGGUGUUCCGUCAGACGUUUGGUUUGCAUCAGUUCCGUCCUGAGCAACUCGAAGCUAUCAACGCCGCGCUGCUCGGUGAAGAUUGCUUCGUUCUCAUGCCAACAGGUGGAGGCAAGAGUUUGACUUAUCAGUUGCCGGGCGUUUUAACGGACGGUGUAACGUUCGUCGUCUCCCCACUCAAGUCACUCAUACAAGACCAGGUCCAGCGACUCGUCUCCUUGGAGAUUCCUGCUGCGCAUUUAUCUGGUGAAUUGAAGUCGGAUUUUGUGGAUUCCAUCUACCGUCAGUUGUCUCUUAGAGACCCAGGAGUCAAGCUGCUCUAUGUCACUCCGGAGAAGAUCAGCGCAAGUACCAAGCUCAUCUCGGCCAUGGAGCAUCUGUAUCACAGGAAGAUGCUUGCUCGAUUUGUCAUCGAUGAAGCCCACUGCGUCAGCCAAUGGGGUCACGAUUUCCGCCCAGACUACAAGAAACUGUGCAAGCUGCGCCAGAAGUUCCCUGGUGUCCCCGUCAUGGCUUUAACGGCUACGGCUACCCCAAGAGUACAGAAGGAUAUACUGCACCAGCUGGCAAUGCCAAAGCCACAGAUAUUCACUCGUAGUUUUGAUCGGAGCAAUCUCCAGUUUUCUGUCAAAAAGAAAGAGCCUCGUAAACUGAUUCAGCACAUCACGCAGCUACUACAAUCCACGUUCAGGGGCCAGUCGGGCAUCAUCUACUGCCUCUCAAGGAAAGAAUGCGAGAAGACGGCCGAAGAUUUAUGCCGGAACGGAAUCAAGGCGUGUCCCUACCACGCCGGCCAGAGUGACUCGGACCGAGCGAGGGUACAGGAGAAAUGGAUCAGCGAUGAAUACAAGGUUGUGUGUGCUACCAUAGCCUUCGGUAUGGGGAUAGAUAAACCGGAUGUACGUUUCGUCAUGCAUUACUCUCUACCCAAGUCGAUGGAAGGCUACUACCAGGAAGCCGGGAGGGCAGGUCGAGAUGGAGAGCUCGCCAAGUGUAUCUUGUAUUACUCCUAUCAAGACGUAACCAGAUUACGCCGGAUGGUGGAAGGUGAUAGAGACAAUAAUUAUGAAGUGACGAAAGUCCAUCUGGACAACCUGUAUCGCAUGGUGCAGUUCUGCGAGAACAGCGUGGAUUGUCGACGCGUGCAGCUGUUGAAUUACUUCGGAGAAACAACUUACACCAAGGAAAAGUGUCUGCAGAAUCGACAGACUGCCUGCGAUAACUGUCUGUCUGGGAGUGCCUACUCCACUGUUGACAUGACCAGCAUCGCUAAGAAGAUUGUGGAGUUUGCUAAGCAGAUCGAUGGAGCUCCGUCAUCAUCAGGCAGGGGAUACAAGAGACGAUACGCCCCCCAGUUCACCCUCAAUCACUACGCUGAUGUACUCAUGGGAAGUAACUCGGCCAAGGUCACUCAGAACGGACACGCCAGCAGCCCGAUCUACAACCUGAUGAAGGGUCGGGAUUAUCAGCGUCACGACUGCGAGAGACUUCUUCGUAAGAUGGUCCUAGAUGGACUACUGCGGGAAGAGUUGGUGAUCGGAGCUCACGAUCAGGCGCUGUGUUACGUCAAAGUCGGACCGAAGGCCUUCGAUUUGCUGUCUGGACGUUCAAAGAUGGAACUAAAAUUGACCAACGCCAAAGCCGCCAAAGCCUUGCAGAUGUCCACUCAAGUUCCAAACGAGGCCCUCAACGCACCGAGACAGAAACUCCUGGAUGAGUUACGAGUCAUCCGCAGGCAGAUAGCUGUGGAAAGCAACAUGAACCCUGAUAACGUCUUCAACGAUGAGACGUUGAGAGAGAUGGCUGACCAGCUGCCGAUGGCCAAAGAGGAACUGGUGGAGCUGACCGGAGUGACCGUUCCUAAAGCCACUCGUUUCGGCCAGCGAUUUCUGGAGACGAUCACCAAAUACCUGCCGGAUAUGUUACAAGAGGAAGAUGAUUUUGCAAGCUCUGAUCCAUCCUCUUCGGUUUAUUUCAACAACACCGUCGCUAACACAGCCACAAAUGCCGGCACAGAUAGCCGAUCGUCCAAACGAGCGCCGCGCAAGAGAAAACGCGAAGGUAACAACAACCCAACGAAGAGUAAACGUGUCCGCGCCGCAUCCAACAAGAGAAAAGGCAACGACGGAAGCGACAGCAACAACGCCUCAAACGGAUUCAACUUCAACAGUGGAGCCGGACACCAGACUACUAAUUUGAAUCAGUUCAAGUUCCAGAAGCCAUCCGGUGGGGGUGGAGGGGGCGGGGGGAAGGGAAGGUUUAAGGGCGGGGGGAAGGUCGGUGGUGGGCAGGGUCGGUUGGGGUUUAUGCCAGAUCCUAAACCCCGACAAGGGUUCGGGAGAAGUUUCCUGGCAAAUGGCGGCCAAUUCCCGGGCUGAUAUUCCCGGGUUAUGAAUAUUCAUGAAGUGAAUUCCAAGCAACGCAGUUCAGCUUUCAAUAAUAAGCAACAGAUUCUUAUAGGAGUAAAUAACCAUGUAUACAAAGAAAAUCAUCUUAACGGCAAAAUUGUAAAACAAAAGCAAAAAAUCACCUUAUAUGCUAUAUUUUGGUGUAAAUUUGGCCUAUAAACCGAAUUGUUUUUCUUAUCUUUUUGUAUCAGCCUGUUUUUUUAUGACUUCAUGAAGCAUUGGAAAGCAUUAGGUUUAUACAGGGUGACUCAGAGACUCUAAACAAAAAAGUUAUGGGAAUUGGGGGCAUUAAAAUAUUUGUUUGGGGGGGGGGGGAAAGACAAAAUAAAAUCUUAAGCCCGUGUAGGCCCAUCGUCAAUGGUCCGGAAAUAAGCCACUAGAGCAACUUGGAAGUGUAGUCGUUUUUAUGAAUGAGAAAUGUAAGAAAACCGCAGAAUGGUGUAUAACAAAUCGACAAUGUUUUCACGAGGUGACAAAAGCCUGCAAAAUCCAAAAAAUGCCGAUUUUGAGUUUUGCCGGCCAAUUUAUUGCACUUGACAAGAAGAAGAAUUUGGCUAAUUUGCUUAAUUGCAAUUGUUUUACUGCCCCUGUAUUUUACAAAUCGCUUAAAGACCACCAGAGGUUAAUUUUAUUACUUUCUUGUUUUAAAUUUAUGUGAAUAUGUUAUUAGAAAUAAAACAUUUUAUAUAUUUGAAUGAAA